AUACAAUAUCAGAGAACCACCCAUACUAACGGCAUGUAUGUCGUUUUCAGCCAUGAUCCGAUCCAAUGGUAUUGACAUGAACAGCAGGCUUGAAGCAGCCUACCUUGCUGACCAGAUAUCUAGAGGACGUCUAGUGAUAAUGUGGGUACCUCAUGAUGAGGGAGACCAAAGGGCUUACAAUGAACUGAUGUCAAGGGGUAGAAUGGAAGUACAAUUCAUUCCAAACAAUCCUCAUUUACCACCAAUUACAUUUGGACCCAACCCUAGACAAGCUCCCCACAACAAUAGCCUCCAUUCCUACAGGUCUGCUCCUUACAACCUACAAAAUCGAACCCAAACUCGUAAUCCAACAUUCUGCGUCAAUGGCUCACAAUCUAUCAAUCCCCCACCCUGCGAACCUAUCAAUCACCCACAACAGCCAUUCAAUCCUACUAUUAGCCGCCCAACUCUGAAUCCUACUCUGAACAAUGGCAACAUUCCCCAACCAAACAACCGUCAAACAAAUAGCAUUCCCCUACCAAACAACCGUCAAACAAAUAGCAUUCCUCUACCAAACAGGUCCAACAAUUCUACCCAGCAGCCUAACCGUUCUACAUCAAAUCCUCCUCAUUCUCUUCUUACUCCUCCUCCUCAUCCUCCAUCUCCCUCUCCUCCUCCAUGCUUCCAAACCAGUGCUAAUUCAAGAAACCCAAGUACCCAGCCACGUCCUCAACCACAUCAAUUCCAACCCUGGAACCAUGGAGACUUUCGAUUAAUGUGGGUGCCAGAUGACCCAACCUUCCCACCCCAAACCUUCCUUUAAGCAUACCCCUCAGUACUGCUACACCCAUCACGUGAGAAUAAAUAAGAUGCCGAAUUCCUCCGCUACCGCUGAUACCUCUGCUGCCGCAGCCUCUGAUGUCACUACAGCCCCAUGCAAUGCCCCAUCUACCACCCCAUGCAAUGCCCCAUCUACCACCCCAUGCAAUGCCUCUGCAAAUGAUACCGCUACCAUUGAUGCCUCCGCAUCAACUGACACCUCUGCCACAGCCUCUGAUGCCACUGCCGCCCCAACCGCUGAUGGUGCUGCCAACAAUGCUGCCAACAAUGCAGAGAUAGCCGGAGCAAUCUUCAGAGAGGGUAGAGUAUUCAAACCUGUCACCCUAGAGAAUCUUGCCAAAAUGCCCAGAGGAGUACAGAUCAAUUUACGCUAUGUGAAACGUGUAACCAGUAUAAAUGGUGAGGGAAUAACUGCUGAAUUAGAAAGAGAGUAUGACUAUGCACGUUGUUUCAUGCCCAAAAUGUAUAUCAACACAUACGUUGGAAUUUUUCAAAAAUGGAAUUCCAUGUUCCGAAGCCUAAAUGCAUAAGCUGAUUGGAUUGUA